AUGGCGGUGCCGGAGCCCGACGCGCGUUUGGCGCAUGAGAAGGAGGAGGAGAGCGAGGAGGAGAGCGAGAUCCUGGAGGAGAGUCCGUGCGGGAGGUGGCAGAAGCGCCGCGAGCAGGUGAACCAGGGGAACAUGCCGGGCAUCCAGAGCACCUUCCUUGCCAUGGACACGGAGGAAGGUGUAGAGGUGGUGUGGAAUGAGCUGCUCUUCACUGACAAGAAGGCCUUCAAAGCACAUGAGGAGAAGAUCAAGACCAUGUUUGAGCAGCUGGUGCUGGUGGAUCACCCCAACAUCGUGAAGCUCCAUAAAUACUGGCUGGAUGUGAAGGACUCAAAGGCACGGGUCAUUUUCAUCACAGAAUAUGUCUCUUCGGGGAGCCUGAAACAGUUCCUGAAGAAAACCAAGAAAAACCACAAGGCCAUGAAUGCCAGGGCCUGGAAGCGCUGGUGCACGCAGAUCCUGUCCGCUCUCAGCUUCCUCCACUCCUGUGAGCCCCCCAUCAUCCACGGCAACCUGACCAGUGACACCAUCUUCAUCCAGCACAACGGGCUCAUCAAGAUCGGCUCCGUGUGGCACCGCGUGUUUGCAAACGCCCUUCCAGAUGACCUGCGGAGCCCCAUCCGCAUCGAGAGGGAGGAGCUGCGCAAUCUGCAUUUCUUUCCCCCGGAGUACGGCCAGAAGGCUGAUGGAACCGCUGUGGACAUCUUCUCCUUUGGGAUGUGUGCAUUGGAGAUGGCAGUGCUGGAGAUCCAGACCAACGGUGACACGCGGGUCUCGGAGGAGGCCAUCAUGCGGGCACGGCAUUCGCUGGAUGACCCCAACAUGAGGGAGUUCAUUCUGUCCUGCCUGACCCUCAACCCUGACAAGCGGCCGACGGCCAACAGCCUCCUGUUCCACCGCGUGCUCUUCGAGGUCCAUUCCCUUAAGCUGCUGGCAGCGCAUUGCUUCAUCAACAACCAGUAUCUGAUGCCGGAGAACGUGGUGGAGGAGAAGAUAAAGGAGCUGGACCUGAACAUGGUGAUGGCAGAGAUCCGGCGUGAGGGUCGGCCCGGAGCUCAAUGGAGGUACUCAGAGGUCUCGUUCCUUGAGCUCGAUAAGUUCUUAGAAGAUGUCAGGAAUGGGAUUUACCCGCUGAUGAACUUCGCUGUUUCCAGACCCCACGCCCUCCCACGGGCUCUUUCUCAGCCCCCAGAGGACCCUCAGAAAGCCAAAACCCCAACGCCGGAGCCCUUUGAUGUGGAGACCAGGAAGGUGGUGCAGAUGCAAUGCAACAUGGAGCUGAAUGAGGACAAGACUCAGUGGCAUCUCACGCUCCUGCUGAUCCUGGAGGACAAGCUGCACCGACAGCUGAGCUAUGACUUGCUGCCCACUGAUAACUCCAAGGACCUCGCCACAGAGCUGGUGCACUACGGCUUCAUCCACGAGGAUGACUGCGAGAAGCUGGCGAACUUCCUGGAAAACGCCUUCCACAAGCACCGCUCUCCUCCCCUGUGAGUCAGGGCUGGGGCAGCGGGGUCCCUGCACGUUGGGAUGGGCACAAACCCAGCCAGGAGCAGCCGUGGGCUCUGGAUCCAGCUCCUGCAGUGGGGCUGCUCCAGGAUGAAUCAUUACAGCCCGUGAGAGGCGUAAGACGACAGCAAGUGGGAGAGCAACCGGCUGUAACACAAGGAAUGGACUCUGCACCAGCACGAGCCCCAGCCCCAACUCCUGAAGCAGCAACCCAAUGGGAGAUGUGGGGCGCAGGGGAUGCAGAUGGUGCUUGUGAAGACAUGGAGCUGCUGCAAGAGUCCCACAGACUGAUGUGUUUGCAUCUGGGAGCAACAAGCUUUUCUCACCGCGGGUCCUAAAGCUCUUCUUUAUUUCCCCCUCUUUGCUGGUGAUGGGUGCAGGAAGGGAGGAAAGCUGCAGCACGGGUUGCAACCCACCACGCUCCAUCCUCUUACCUCCAUCCCUGCUGUACAAUUAAGGUUUCCCAAGCACAGAUGAUGCCUUUCAGUUCGAAGCUGACAUCUCGGUGGGCUUUGUGAGCCGGACUUAGCGUGGGAGGAGAAGGAACUGAAUCAAUCCCAACCCAGCAGCUGGAUCCCAACACGGGGAACAGCAGAAACGCCACUGGUGCUCAACUUUUUCACUUCCAUUUGUCUCACAGCCUUCAAAAAUCUGAUGGUACCUUAAGGGGAAAGACCCCUGUGUCUCUGUGUCUUCUGGGCUGUUUGGAACUUCCAUUGCUCGUGUGGAGAAAGGGGCGGUCGGAGCUGCUGCACACGUUGGGUUCUGUUGGUAAAAAUGGCCGACAGAAUUGGUGCAGCAAACACUGUGUUGCGCUCCGUGCUGCUGGAGCUGUGCUGUGAGCAGCCCCGCUGCCGUGCUGUGCUGUGCCAAGUCUUCCAUCGCCUCCAUCGCGCUUUGCAGUGUUGCCCCAGCUGUGCAACACUGGGCUGUGCCUGUUGCGCUACGACGCCGUGCUGAGCUGUCAGUUGUGCUGCACUCCCCAGCUGUGCCAGCUGGACAGGAACUGAGAAAUCAAUAAAGCCAUUGCAAGCAGCUCA